AAGGUUAUAAGUAAUAAUUAUGUUUAAAUUUAAGUAAUUACAAUUAAUUAACUUAUUAUUCAGAUAAUGAUCGAUGAAUUUAUGAAGUCGAACACAACUAAUCAGUUUGAUUCUCGAACACAAUGUCAACUACCAUGAACACUUCACCACCACUGUCUACCUCUUUUAUCUACACUGCAAAACACAAUUUAUCUUCACCUCCAUCACAACACAACACUUACACUAGAACAAAAACAAAAACAUGUGUUUUAGUUAAAGCAAGAGCUGAAGCAAAACCCAGAAGCCAAGAAGAUGAUUACCACGGAACUCUCAAGGCCCUCAAUUCCAAAGGCCGUAAGCCUCGGAAAUCUCUUGGCCAGCAUUAUAUGUUGAAUUCUUCUAUAAAUGAGCAACUUGUAGCUGCAGCUGAUGUGAAGGAGGGAGAUGUGGUUCUUGAAAUUGGGCCUGGGACUGGCUCUCUUACGAAUGUUCUUGUUGAUUGUGGUGCCACUGUUCUUGCUAUCGAAAAGGACCCUUACAUGGCUGAAAUUGUGAGAGAAAGGUUUGCGAGUGUUGACACUGUCAAGGUUUUGCAAGAAGAUUUUACAAGAUGUCAUGUUCGCUCCCAUUUGUUACCUUAUCUGGAAGGUAAUUCAUUGAAUAGAAGUUCACAACAUGCUAAGGUAGUCUCUAAUCUUCCAUUUAAUAUCAGUACAGAUGUAAUCAAGCUUCUUCUUCCGAUGGGAGAUAUUUUCUCAGAAGUUGUUCUUUUGCUCCAGGAGGAAGCAGCUUUGCGUCUGGUGGAUCCAUCUUUGCGAACAUCUGAAUAUCGACCUAUAAACAUUUUCAUCAAUUAUUAUUCAGAUCCUGAGUACAAGCUCAACGUUCCAAGGACAAACUUUUUUCCUCAGCCGAAAGUUGAUGCAGCAAUAGUUGCAUUCAGGUUGAAGCAAGCUGUAGACUACCCUACGGUUUCCUCAACAAAAAGCUUUUUCUCGAUGGUAAAUUCUGCAUUUAAUGGGAAACGAAAAAUGUUGAGGAAAUCACUCCAGCACAUAUGCUCGGCCUCUGAGAUUGAAGAAGCGCUAAAAAACAUUAACCUACCAGCAACAUCAAGGCCAGAAGAGCUGACAAUAGAAGAUUUUGUGAAUUUGCAUGCUGUGAUUGUCAAGAAUGACACCUUUGUCUACGAUGGACUUGAAGAUUAAUACCCUUGCAAACUUACCACUGUUUGGCUAGCAUGCAAAGACUAUGGCUCUCAACAUGGGAACUCAUAGUGAUCGUCUAUACAUAACUUGAGAUGCAGAUUCCGAAGCUGCAAGAGCACCGCAUCCUCUACGACACUAUUUACAGGAUAAUUCACGCCGGCAUAUAGUUGGGAUGGGAUUCGAUCAACAGAGUUAAUUUGGAAUCACAACCCUGUUAGCAGAGAACUUCACAUAGAGAAAACGACACACGUUUCUGCUUGCAAGAUGGGAUUUUCAACAUGUAUUCUUGGUAAUCCUAUAAUGAAUUAAAAUGUAUUAACCUUGUUGUUGUGACAUUUGAUAAUUAUAAGACGCCAAAAUGUAUUUGGAACA